CGACGCGUUAUAUCUGUUUACCUUCGAGCCGCAGCAGCGUUUAUUCUGGGCAUAUUUCACGUUUUUAUGGAAAUCCUUUCAUGUGCAAGCAACUGGAUCUUUCCCCAAGUCCGACACCCUGUCUGUGCUCCAAGCUUUCCUGUCCACCAUGGCAAGUUCCACAGUGAAAUUUACCUGGUGUUCUUGCCGCAACUAUAAAAUCCAGUCCAAAGACACGCACGAAAAGUGUUUAAUCUGCCUUGGAAUCCAGCAUGCCAAAGAGGCCGUCCUGGAGUAUGGAAAAUGUCCGCAUUGUGCUAAGAUGGACUGGAGCACUUGUAUCAAGCGUCUCACCAAGGUGCAGGAAGUGAUCCAUCAGGAGGCUCAGCAGCGGAAAAACGAGGCGUCUCAAACCGGAAUUCAGCCUAAACUUGAACCAGCGGCAUCAUCUCUGAUGGUUAAAGAAGCUAAAUCUGUGAGGGUAGUAUCUGCGUCUGCUACACCUAUCGUAUCGGAGACUGUAAAUGCUGCUCCUGCGCCAUCUUUCACGGCUGCACCGGUCAUGUUCACUCUUCUCUCGCCAUCUUUGGACCUACCUGACCCAAAUGUUGCAGCGGUAAAAGGUACAUGCGCAUCACAUGUUGCCUUGCAGCAUACGCUAGACCCAACUCCAUCUGUAGUGCCUACAUCGGUGCCUUCGACCUCAAACAAGAAACACCAUUCGUCUAGGUGUCAUUCAUGCUGCAAGAGGCACUCGAGCAAGGACUGUGGACGGAGACGGAAAUGCUCCCCGACUUCAUCCUCGUGUUCGGCCUGGAGUUCUGAGUCCUCCUGUGAAUCUGUUAGGGAGAAGAAAGCACGAUGGGAGAAGAAGAAGAAGAAUUCUGCAAAAAGUGAUGGGCAAAGUGAUCAGCUGCUUAAGAUGGUGCAGCAGAAACUGGAAGCCCAACAGAGAGCCAUGCAGGUACAAUGGAGCGUGAUGGAGAGAAGGCUUGACGUCUUGGAGAAGAGAAGUUCAACCGACGUUACAAAUUCAGCAGAAAGCUCCCAAGCGUCCACCAUAUUCCAAGUGGAUCAGGGACAACAGACGAGUACUGCCACCUGUUCUGGAUCUGUUCCCUUUUUGAAUGCAGUAAAACAAGAAGAUGGGCCAAUAGAUAUCUCGCAUGUUUUAAAAUCCAGUUUACCGCUGCAAGAGGUUCUCACAUCCGAAGAGCUUCAGAAUCUCAUGGUACGUGCAGCCAAACACUUGGGUAUUGAUUUUCCCAAAUCCCAAAACAACUCGCCACAUCCAAUUAUGGUGCCAGAGUUUGAGAACUUGGUCCAAAGUACAUGGUCCAACCCAGCAAGCUCACAACCCUUCAGGCCAGUGUUUUCUGAAUUGUACAAGCUUCACGAAAGCCAAGCGCCACGUUAUGAUCACAUGCCUCAAGUCAACAACCUUAUGUCGGCCAUCUUCCAAGCCGUGAUGCCUACGAGAAACGGUGACCAUCCCGUUUCUCCUGAGCACUGGAGGUUCACAGAAGCGCUUGCUGAAACCUCGUAUCAAACCGCUGGCAUGCUCGCAAAGACGGCAAACUAUUUACGAUACUUGUCGGAUUACCAGAAGUGCCUUUUGGCAGAGCUUUCUGAAACCCCGACUCCUCAAAGAUUGACAGAUGUUCUCGGUGAACUUAAACUUAUUGGAGAAUUCACUUUUCAGCUGUCCUCACACCAGGCAGAACUUUCUGGAAGGAUCAUGGCGGUAUCUGUGGCUAUGAAACGACAGAUAUGGAUGGCCAAGACCAACUACACCGAUUCCCUAAGAGCUACGUUUGCAGAUCUUCCGUUUGUUGUCGAGACUCAAAAAUAGAUGCGUGGAACUGAUUAGGUUCUGUUGUUUAUGAAUAACGUGUUACGUGACUGACUACUUUUUGCAUUUGAUAUGAACAUUUUGAUGCUUGAAGUUUUGAUUCUUUUAAAAGGAAUGAAAGCCAAAAGAGAAAACGGCUUCAAUGGUGACAUGAACAAGUUGUUUCAUGUAACUUCUUUCCUUUAAUUUGUCAUCCAUUGUAUGUAGCCUUUGUGCAAUGGUUAUAAAAUUUGGUGUUUGCUUUAAUUUUCUGUUUUUUCAGAUGUAACUCCUUGUACAACAGUAAAAUGUCUGUAACAAUCUGCAUAUCCUUGUUUAAAAUAAAACUUUUG